AUGGAAUGGGUGCGCUGGCAGAAAACGUUGCUUAUGAAAGCCUCCGAGGGGACGGGUGAUAUCAUUCAACAGACCAAACAUAGCAGCCCAGUUUCCUGUCUGUUAGAACCCGAGCUUGGGGAAGUUCUUGGAAUAGUAGUUCCUGAGGAUGGAGCUGAUGACGGGUUCGGCGCCGAACGGGAGAUCAUGGCGCGCGUGAUUUUGCUGAAUGAGGGCUUUUAUGGUUCGGUCUGGGGUACGGGCUUCGUUGUCUUUCCAUCCGUGGUCUUUUUCACCAUCGGAUUAGGUGGCCUUUUCUGGGGAAGUGGGCGCGUCGCCGAUAUGGCCAGUGGUGUCGACUACACCAUUGGCGGAGUGUCGACGAAGGUUCUCUUCAGCAGCGGCAAAACGUUCGUUUCAUUUACCCAGUGGGAUGCAACGAAAGUGGUAAAGGAUACCAGGUACAAUGAAGGAAACACGCCAGGCCUUAUGCUUGCUAAGGCCACCGUGGCGAAGCGAGUUGUAGAUAGCCGGCAUCAGGAAGUAGAUGAUACCUCCACCGAGAUUACCAAGCCCUCUAGUCAAGGCAUUGGCGGUCCCGAGGACACUUUUGUCGAAGGAACCAGUCGUCUAUACUUGACAAGGGACGAAGCUUCCACCAAGGAUUCUGAUGACGAAGCGAAGGUUGGUACCGCACCAGCAAGCAGACAUCCAGCAAAAGUGAUUUUGGAUCCGAAGCGGUCACAAUAUGGUCCAGUAAUCAGCCUCACAAUCAGCCUAUCCACAAUUUAUUCAGAUCCGCUAUCUCAUGAACCACUAAGACUCGCUUGCGUAGCCAUCAGCGCAAUAAUAUUCGAGUUCACAACCUGGAAAGGCAUCAUGUGGAGAUCCCCUGCGAUAAAAUCUGCAAGAAGGGGCGGGAACGCGGUUUAUCUAGAUUAG